AUGUCCCUGAUCAAUUCUCGUGGUCUGGUAUUCCCAUCCUACUCGCGCGAAUCAGCUGAGCGCUCCACAUCGAUUUCCUCGUGUGACGAACCCACAACUCCGCCGGCCGGUGAUUCAGCCCCGGCUAUUGAUUCCCGCCAUCUCAGCGUGUCUCUGCUAUAUCCAGACACGGCUCCUCGCUCCGCUUGGCGGCCGCAGAUCGAUGCUUGGAUGCGGCGCAACCAUCCGGCCGAUCUGAAGCGUAUCUCCACAAUGGCAAACAUGUUUUCCCGUGCGAUGCCCUACAAGCUUCCUCCUAGUCGCUCUGAGGCUCCGUCUCCGCCUAUGGAGCACGAGCAACUCAUGAAGCAAGCUUCGUUGCUUGUUUCAGUUUCUCCGUCCCGCCGAGAUUCCACCCCAACCUCCUCGGUUGCUUCGCCCAAAUCGCAGGCUCCUCAAAUCACCCGAGGGCCUCCGUCGCCGCAGUACACCCCGCUGUUUGUUGAUUCGGCAGGAGCUGCCGAGAACGAGGUGUCCCCGGCCGUCACCUCGCCCAUUCCCCAGCCCGUGCGUCCAUUGAUGGCCGCCAGCGUGGAAUCCAAAACUCCGAUUUUUGUCAACUCCGACGCCAGUUUGCCUGCACACCCUCUACCUCCUAUUGUUGGGCCUGUCCAGCCUGUCGCCGACAAGUUUGCCAGAGCCGCCACGGUGCCUCGGACGCUUCUUAGCCCGCCUGCUAGUCCGCCCAUGCCUAGCGACGUCCAAAAGACCUGCAUAUCAUGCAGUUGUUCGCAGUCGCCAUGUUGGCGGCCGUCGUGGUCUCCUACCGCGGGCCAAUUAUGCAACUCGUGUGGCCUCCGCUAUAAAAAGACCGGAGCCCGCUGCAUCAAUGCUGCGUGCGGAAAGAUCCCGUCGAAGGGCGAAUGGAACCAUAUGAUUCGAGCAGCCACCCAGGAUGCGUUCGGCAAUACAAACUACACAUGCCUCCAAUGCCACGGCCCCGUCGCUUUGCGUUCAUGA